AUGGGAACAGGUUGCUCUCAUGGUCUCAAACUCAAACAACGACCACGAGAUCGAGUAAUAUCAAAACAAAGAAAGAGAGUAUUAGAACCCGCACUAGUACCAUCCACUUCACAGUUUAAGAGUAAUAUUAUAAAAAAUGAUAUUCGUACACUGGAUGGUCCGCGAAUUCAAUCCUCACUGAAUCAUAAUCAAAGUUCGCCAAGUUCUCUUCGGCGACAACAAAAUAGUGUGAUAUCACAUUUAGUUUCAUCUUACCAUCACGAUCAAGUAGCGCCGUCAGACGAUCGAAUAAGAAAACCAAUAAAUCGAACAGCAACAUCUAAUCAAAUCGAUAUUCAAAUAACACCGACACAAAAACAACUAAAACCGUCUAUAUCGGUUCAAAAACAGCAAGCACAACACACUGAAAGAUCUUUAACAACACCUACAACGUUUAGUAACCCUUUGUAUCGGUUAUCAUUAACAAAAACAUCUGGUAAUGGAAAAUUAACCAGUAUAUUAAGAACAUCAUCCAGUCAAUCCACGAUUGUUCAAACAACUACCAGCGCUGGUCAAACGAAAAAACCACCUAAGAUUCCAACUCAUGUACGAUGUGAACAAUAUGCAAGAAGAUCCGAUAGAACGAUGAAAAAAUCACCGCUCGAAGAUCAUAUGGAAGAAAACUUACUUUUCGGCUCUUCAGAACGUAAACGACCUUUAAUCGAUGUUACGAAACCGAAAUUAACUUAUCUAUCAAAUUCUGAACAUCAUGACGAUUCUUUUGCUAAACAAGAUAAACGUUCAAGUCAACCUUGUCCCACUUGUGAUCGACAAGUAGCAAAAUAUCAACUUUAUCCUCGACAUAUUUGUGAUCGAUGUGUUUACAGAGCUCGAGACAAACCGAAUGGUCGUCCAGUGGAGUUUUAUAAUAUGGAUUCAAUGGGAUAUGGAUGUCACGGGUAUUAUUCGAAUACUGAUCAAAAAGAAGUGUAUGAUUCAACGAUAUGUUACAUUAAAGGAAACAAAAAAGGUCAAGAAGAGAAAGAUAAAACGUGGAUAAGAUGUCAGGCACAAGAGGCAAGAUUCGGGGGAAUUGUUAUUCAACCAAACUAA